AUGUCCAAAGCGUGUCUUGUUCGCGGCUCGAUCAACAUCGACGAGAUCUACAACCUCCCUCACAUUGUGCGGCCAGGCGAGACGAUCGCGUCGACAGGCUUCGAUCGCAAGACUGGCGGAAAGGGCUCGAACCAGGCGUACGCCGCCGCGCGGGCUGGCGGCCGCGUCGUCCUCGACGCGCAGAUUGGUGCAGAUGGGCUGGCGGUGCGCGACCGUAUAGCCGCCGGCGGGGUAGACGUGACGGGCCGCGCGAUCAUCCAGCGUUCCACGAGUGGCGAGAACUCUAUCGUCCUCCACGCCGGCGCCAACUUUGCCAACCCCGGCGCCAAGCCCGAGUUGGAAGGCUUCUCCCACCUGCUCUUGCAGAACGAGAUCCCACUGCAAGACACCCUCGCAUACCUCCGCGAGGCUGGCGCACGCGGGCUCACCUCAAUCUACAACCCCUCUCCGAUGCCGACGCGGGAGCAGCUCCGCGCCUUCCCAUGGGACUGCCUGACCCAUCUGAUCGUGAACGAAGGCGAGCUCGCCGACAUUGCAAGCGCGUUCGAUGCCGCUCCGACCGCGAGUAGCGUGGCUGACACAGCUCGCGCACAGAUGCAUGCGCUCAACAAGGCGGCGGGGUUCAACCCCAAGAUUGUGAUUGUCACGACUAUUGGACCAGAGGGCGUCGUGCUCCUUGAUCCUAGGAAGGGGUCGGAGAUCAUGGCGUGGCCUGCUGCUCCAGUGACUAAGGUUGUCGAUACAACUGGGGCGGGUGACACUUUUGCAGGGUACUUUGUUAGCCUGCUUAUGGAGUUGGGAGACGACGCGCCGCUUGACACUAUCAUCCCCAUCUGCCUUACUGCGUGCGCACUCACUGUCGAGACGGCUGGUGCGAUGGAGAGCAUUGCUGCGCGCAAGGAUGUGGACGCGCGUAUGGCGCGCUAA